AUGUCGAACCAGAAUGAUGACCUGGCCUAUGGCCAAUACUAUGAUUCCAGUCGCGGUUCUGGCGACACUUCCAGAGGAUUGAGCGAUACCUUCAAGAAGUUGAAGGAUACAUACAAGGCCCACCAGAGCUCCUCGCAGCCGGGCCAGCCGGGAGGCUACCAAGGAGACCCUUCUCAACGCCCACCCCAGAGCAGCCCAUACGGAUACAGCAGCCAGACACCCGACCCGCAGUAUCAGCAGCUGCAGUAUCAACAAUCGCAAUACCAGCAAAAUCCACAGUACCAGCAAGGGAAGCCCCCCAAAGAAGACAAACUUGCCGGGUUCCUGAACAAGAUCCAGGGAACUGUCGCCGAAUUUGGCUCUGAGUUUGCUACCAAGAUCGGUACCACAAUCGAUCCACAGGCCUAUGCGGAGUAUGGCCCACACAAACCCAAUACGCGGUUCGGCAGCUUUGCGCCACCGCGGGAGCAUAACGACGUGAAGUGGUACGUGGACGGCUGCAGCUACUUCUGGGCUGUUUCUCGCGCCCUUGAGAACGCUCGCGAGUCCAUUUGGAUUUUGGAUUGGUGGCUAUCACCUGAGCUGUAUCUGCGACGACCACCGGCCAAGAAUGAGCAGUUUCGCCUGGAUCGAAUGCUGCAGGCUGCAGCCCAGCGUGGUGUGCGGAUCAACAUCAUUGUCUACAAGGAAGUUACUCAGGCGUUGACCUUGUCUUCCUCGCACACGAAACAUGCGUUGGAAAACUUGCACCCCAACAUCGCUGUCUUCCGCCACCCUGAUCAUCUGCCAAACCCGGGGGAUAUCACAGCCGACAUUACUAGCACUCUCGAGCACCUGACCCUUGACUCCGCGAGCUUGACAAAGAUGCCCAAGGACACCUUGAAGGGGCUCUACGGCACGCAUGACGAUGCCAUUCUUUACUGGGCUCAUCACGAGAAGCUCUGCAUAAUAGAUGGCCAAAUUGCAUUCAUGGGUGGACUCGAUCUAUGCUUUGGUCGCUGGGACACAAACCAGCAUGCUAUUGCCGAUGUUCAUCCCUCCGACCUGACGGAGACAGUUUUCCCCGGACAAGACUAUAACAACUCUCGCGUGCUUGACUUCCACGAUGUCUCUCACUGGGAAAACAACAAGCUGGACCGCAAGGUCUCUUCACGCAUGGGAUGGUCUGAUCUCUCUGUUAGCCUCCAUGGCCCAGUUGUCGAGGAUCUCCGACGCCAUUUCGUCGAGCGCUGGAACUUUAUCUAUGACGCCAAGUACCGUACUCGUAAUCAGCCAAGAUACGCAAAACUCGCGCUCUACGGGGCGACCAACAUCUUCCAGUGCCCGCACCCACAGCAGCCUCCAAGUCAGCCGAACCAGCCCUCGUGGCAGGCACCGAGCCACACUCCAAACACAACUCAGCAGCAGCCGCCGUCGUGGCAAGCACCUAGCCACACUUCUACUCCCGCUCCUCAGCAGCAACCAUCUACAGUUCCGUCUUACCUGCUGGCCUCCCAAGGCACUGGAACUGGAAGCUCGACCUACCCGCCGGCUCCGGGGCAAACUCCAAGCCCCAGCCAGCCGCAGCAGAACGCAGCUCCAUCAUGGCAGCCUGAUAGCUCUUAUCAGUCUUCGUAUAACCAGAAACAUGAUUCUGCUGCUCCUCCAAGCUACGACAGACCUCCACCGAACCAGUCCACUAAGCCUUCAUCUUAUGAGCCAAGCUAUCAGCCGGCUUCCUACCCUCCUGCUCCGGCUCCUGGCGCGGGGAGCCCUGCACACCAGAGUCCUGCCCAAAACCAGGCCCCUUAUUAUCCUCCGCCACCUCCGGCUCCUGGUGCUUUGAAUGAACUUCAUGGUCAGUCUCAGGGUCAAGCGCCUUACUUCCCUCCUCCGCCGGGCCAGGAUGCACAGCAUUCUAGCACCCGCGGGCUCGAGGAGCCGCAGUAUGAAAGUGAACGAGGAUUCAUCCCAUCAGGCUUAAGCAAGGCGGGUAGCUCUUGGCGAGGCCAGCUUGCAGGUCAAAUCCACCAAUACCAAGACAAAUUGACGGCAUAUGCGCGGCCAAACUCGCAGGGCUGGGGUCACAUGAACUGUCAAGUUGUCCGUAGCGCUGCCAAAUGGAGCAACGGGAGCCCGCUGGAGCAUUCAAUUGCCGAUGCUUAUGCUGCUAUCAUCCAGAACAGUCAGCACUUCGUGUACAUCGAGAACCAGUUCUUCAUCACCUCCACUGGCGAUCACCAGCACCCUGUCAAGAACAAGAUUGGCGCGGCCAUCGUCGAGCGUAUCCUACGUGCUGCACGGGCAGGCCAGAAAUACAAGAUUGUCGUGGUCAUUCCUUCUGUGCCAUGUUUUGCUGGAGACCUACGCGAUGAUGAGAUGCUUGGUACUCGUGCAAUCAUGGAGUUCCAGUACAAUUCCAUCAACCGCGGUGGCAAUAGCAUUAUGGAGUUGGUCGCGAAGGAGGGCUUCAACCCCAUGGAUUACAUUCGCUUCUAUAACCUCCGCAACUAUGACCGUAUCCACAACAACAACACGAUGGCCGCAGCUGAGCAGUAUGGCGGUGUCAACUACAACACUGCUGCUGAGCAGUAUGACCAAAAUGUUGCUGGAGUUGGACAGCCCGCGACGGCCCAACGCCCUGCGUUCGAUACGACCGCGCCAUUCCAGCAAUAUCAGCAGGCUGCUCACCAUGAUCCAGCUAACAAGGCUGCUGGCGCCGGUCACUGGGACAGUGUCAGCUCUUGCUACAUGUUGGGAGGAGAGGAUAUUCGUAACGUUCCGUGGGAUGGCCAUCCUGAUGCCGAGAUUGAUGCGUUCGUCAGCGAAGAGCUCUAUGUUCAUUCGAAGGUCAUGAUUGCCGACGACCGAAUUGCCCUCAUUGGAUCUGCCAAUCUGAACGACCGUUCCCAGUUGGGAGACCACGACUCAGAGAUUGCUCUCAUCGUUGAGGACUUUACUCCCGUUCAUUCUACCAUGAACGGCAAUCCUUUCACCGUUAGCCGCUUCGCCAGCUCUCUUCGUCGCCAGCUGUUCCGCAAGCACUUGGGCCUCCUGCCCCCGCAGGACUACCAACGCCCCGACGCCAACUUCGAACCUGUUGGUGUGCCCAACAGCUUUGACUUCGACUCCCCUGAGAGCCGAAUUGUGGCUGAUCCGCUUUCUGACACGGUCCAGAGCCUUUGGAACUCUCGUGCACACACGAACACAGAGGUCUUCCGUAAGGUUUUCCGCGCGGUCCCCGAUGACACCGUGCGUAGCUGGGACUCGUACAAAGAAUUCUACGAGUACUACUUCCACCGAGCAGAUAAGGAGGCCGAGGGCAAUCAGGGAUUCGGACGGCCUGCGCGAUAUCAGUGGGGCCACAUCGUUCGCGACGACUUCGCUCCCGGGCCGGAAGGAGCCAAGCAGGUCAAAGAACUGCUCAGCCAGGUCAAGGGUACUUUGGUUGAGAUGCCUUUGAUGUUCCUUAUCGAGGAGGAUAUUGCCAAGACUGGGUUGACUCUGAACGAGAUCACCGAGCCAAUUUAUACCUAG